ACCCGCAUAGAAUUAUUAUAAAAUGUGUAGCUAGCAACGUGUUAUGCUAUUUAAGGCUAGUUAAAUUAUAUCUGUGAAAGAAGAGAGAUGACAGUUCCAUUAUUAAUUAAAAUUUUUCUAAAAAUAUGUACAUAUGUCCAAUUUGAUUUACUUUGAUUUUGCGCUGUUGUUCAGUUUAAAACUAGCUGAGUAUGCUUUAAAUCUGCACUUUUGAAAAAUGUUGCGUCCUUUAUUCAUGUCAGCAGGUACAUCUAUGUCCUACUUGUUUUACUUGUUUUUGUCGUUAACGAAAGCAAUUAAAAAUAUAUACAAAAUGAAUCAUCAAUGUAUUAAAGAUGUGAUAUGUCAUGUUAACAAAAAUAUGCGAUUAAGGAAGUGGGUUAGGUGUUAUUAGGGCGAGGUACAAGCAUUUUCAAAGUGUUGCGGAAUGUGCGGUGGGUAAGAAGAAACAAUUAAACCACAUCGUAUUUGUGGUUCCAACCGUGUUUUUGUUAUAGACAAUAUAGUAAAAUCGACUUUAAAAUUUUAAGAAUUAUCUAUCACAAGCAACUGUAACUAUAUUCCCCAAUUUCAUUGUUCUUCGUCUUUGCAAUUCAAUCGGACAAGUUUGCCAGGAUCAGAUAGUCAAUUAACAAAAAACGAACAGCAGACAACAAGCGAUCACUUCCUCACACAAACAACGAUACAUAACUUCAGAACAUAUAUUGCAAUAAACUGUUAACGUUGUACACAUUUAAGUAAGCUUUGCGAAAACGGAUAAGAGUAAGAAUCGACAGACUACUACAUUGUGGAUUUUGUGUCUACGUUUUUUUUCUUUUUGCUUUUCAUGAUUCAAUCCACAAGGAUUGUACUAUUGGAGUAGUUCCGUUUGUGAAUUCAGCUCUUUUUGAUAAAUAUUUUUGGAAAAUUUCAGUUUGCUUUUUAUAGAAUUUAAUUUAAAUUGUGUCCGUAUUUUAGGAUUGCGUAAAUUAUAGAAAUCAAUUCAAAUUUUGUCAUUUGUGUGUGGCAAAUCACCGUAACUCUUUUCGCUGAAACAAACAUGUUACGGACUAACCCAUACUAUUGUAAAUUACUAGGAUUAUUAUUCUAAUUUUGUGUAACUAUGUUUUUGAUUUCACAUAUCGACAUACGUGAAUCCUGUGAUGUUCCCGAGGCGAUGUUUCUUGAGUUUUCAAAAUAUUCGACGAAGUUUAUGCACCGACAAACCAUGGCAAGAAAUAUCAGUACCAGUACCGUGGGGUCAAAUAAGUGGAAAGUGGUGGGGACCUACUAAUGUUAGACCUAUAUUAUGUAUUCAUGGUUGGCAGGACAACUGUGGUACCUUCGAUAGGCUGCUACCACUAUUGCAGAAAAAUGUUGCAUUUUUGGCAAUUGAUCUUCCAGGUCAUGGAUGCUCAUCUCAUCUACCUCUUGGAAUGUAUUAUCACUUUACUAACUAUAUCAUAACCAUAAAAUCAAUAAUAAGACAUUUUAAUUGGCCUAAAAUAUCUCUUAUGGGCCACUCCUUGGGAGGGAUUACUUCAUACACAUACACCAUGCUUUAUCCCGAUAAUGUGGAUUUUGUAGCCUGUAUAGAUGGGGCAAAGCCAAUGACACGCAAAAGAACAAUUCUGCAUUUAGCAAAUGAAAUAACCAAAUUUGUUAAAAAUAAUGAUUAUGCAAUGACAAAUGUAGAACCACCAAGCUAUACCAUAGAAGAGAUAAAAAAGAAAAUACAUGCACCUAAUAAAGGAUCAGUGUAUUUAGAAUUUGCUCAUUACAUUAUGGAGAGGAAUAUUGCCCCGUCGAAAGUAAACCCAGGAAAAUAUUAUUUUACUCGAGAUCCUAGAUUAAAAUCAGGAGAACUUCUAACUUUUUCGCAGAGUGAUUUGGUGGAAUUUGCACAAAACAUUAAAUGUCCAAUUUUUGUUAUUAAAGCAAGGGGUGGUUCAUAUUAUGAAGCAAAGGAAAAUUUUUAUGAAGUGUUAGAUGUUCUCAAAAGAAGCAGCGUUGACUGCGAUUUCCACUACAUUGAAGGCACACAUCAUGCUCAUUUAAAUAAUCCCAAUGAUGAACUUGCCCAGUUAUUUAGAAAUUUUAUUCAGAAACAUUAUUACUCAGAGGAUAGAAGUAUAGGCAGUUUAGAUUGCAUCCGUUUGUAGAAAUCUCUUAUUUCUUAGUUUUCUUGAGAAUCUUAUUAAGCUACUUACUUCUGUAUAUAUUUUAAAUUAAAAUGUUGGUUGUGUUAUACACAUAUAUGUAUAUAUAUUUGUUAUA